UCCGCCAUGGAUGUCAUCAGUUCAUUCCGAAAUUCGGAACACUCGUGUUGCCUAAAGCUUUGCCAUGCAUAUUCUUUCAAAAGAUCCUGUUUAUUUCUCCUCCUCUUCCUUCUUGUGCCAGUUGUUUUUCUGGGUGUAGCUACAUUGAUCAUAAUCUUCGUCAUGAAGCCCCAAAAGCCAGUUUUUUCCCUCCAAGAUGUAAGUGUGGAUUCGUAUAAACUCAAUGCCUAUUCUGGUUCGACCCUGUUUGUUUCAUCAGUAAUCACAUUGACCCUGAAUGCUCAAAAUCAUAACAAAAUUGGCAUCUGGUAUACUCCUUCCCACCUAGAAGCUCUUUAUGAUGGCCUGCCUAUAGGAACAAUUCAGAUUCCCGGGUUUCUUCAACCUGCUCAUAGUAGUAAUGUGACUAUGCAGACAAGGCUUUUAUUUCCAUGUGUGAAUGCCAGCCAGAUUAUAGGAGAGGCUUCAAUUCAAGAAGAUUCCAGGAAAAAUAUGUUUCAGAUGAAAAUAGUAGGUGAUGUUGGGGCUCACCUGCUGGUAUUUCACAUAAUCCUUUUAAAGAUCAAGGUUGGUCUGGAGUGUGACAUAAAUAUUGAUUACGAAGAGCUGACCAACAGAAACGAAGUUCACAACACGACUGGAUCUUUUCCGGCAUCUUUUCCUACCAACACCCAGUCCUUGUUCAUGAACUGCACAUGGGCUUUGUACAUGUAGAGAUGAGAAUUAAAAUGACUGAAUUGACAGCAAAGUUGAACCUUAAUUUUCUAUACAUGUUAUAAUUGAAGUUUUUGAAGUGAAACACAGACUGAUCAAUCAAUCCAUAAUAUCCCCGC